CCUGGGGUCAAGCGUCGCCACGUGCUCUGCAGCCGCCACGUGUUUGCGUGCCCCACGUACUCCACGUGCUCCGCCUCGUCCACCGCGAAUCUCUGCGUCGGUCGCUUGCAACUUCGAACACACAAACGUGUUCUUUUGCUCCCACGUCUAACACAAAAUGCGUCUCGCGACGUGUAAUGUACAGCAGCGAUCUAUGUUUUCUUGUUUAUUUCACCGCUUUGCACAGCUGUGGAUGACAUAACAGCGCCGUGUCCUGUGCCACCGUAUGUAACGCCCAUCUACUUCCCGAGGGUUCACGUGAGCCAUUAUUUAACCCUUCACGUGAGCCAGUAUUUAACCCUUCACGUAACGAGACACAGACCUUAAAACCUCAUCAGGCGCGCACUCAACCUCCAGCCACCGUGGCUCAAGAGAUUAACAGCUGUGCACUGCGCAACGGGAGAUUCUCAACCGAGUGCGCCCCUCGGAGGCCGGGCUGCGGUGUAAAUCCACCGUGACGCCCGGAGGAGAGAAGGAAACAGCCACACAACUACGGGUGGAGGAGGAGACAGCGAGGGAUGAUGUUCGUUUUAUCCAAAGCGCAUCGCCGCCUAUGGCGUCUCUUCGCCUCGCCCACCUCCUCCACGUGCGGUUACAGCAGCAGCAGAAAGAAGGUCGCCACCUCUCCGUCUCGUUACGCGAGCGCCGAGACGGAACGGCUGCAGCUCGAGUACCAGGGCCUGGUGCAGGACCUCGUGGCCGCGAGAUGCGCACAGGGGAGCGCCUCACAAACUCAGCGCCGAGCGCCGUCCAGGUCUCCCGUCCUUCGCUUUCGGUCACCUGCCGACGAGCAGCGGGAGGCGCCAGAGGUCCCCUUCCCGUUCCUCAACGACGAGCGUCAUCAAGAUGAGGGUGGUGGUGGUGGUGAUGAUGAUGGUGAUGAGGAGGAGGUGGUGGCGGCGGCCCCGGCACCUAUACGGGUCGAGGGGCCGCGUGCGGGAGGUCUCUCCAGCGUGACGCGAGUGCUGCAGGGCACCAUGCCCCUGCAGCAGCGCUAUGUGCUCGAGAGGUGGAAGCGGCGCAUGAUUCUGGAGCUCGGCAAAGAGGGCUUUGACCGCUAUUCGCUCGGCGUGCUCCGACAGGGCCGCAAGCUGCACGCCGCCAUCCAAGAAGCCCUGACACAGCGGCUGUCGAACCCCGGCGUGGACCUGCAGCUGGCGACGGUGAUGGAGCAAACGGCGUUCGCGGGUGAGGAAGAGUCGAUGGAAGACAACGAGCUGCUGCGGGGCUACGCGCGGAGCGUACAGCCCGUCCUGGCGGACCUGGGGCGUGUUCGCGCCGUCGAGGGGAAGGUGCAGCACACGCGGCUCCAGUACAUGGGCCACAUCGACUGCCUGGCCGAGUACAGAGGCCAGCUCUGCCUGAUCGACUGGAAGACGUCCGAAAAGCCCAAGCCCAAGCUGCGAGACACAUACGACAACCCGCUGCAGGUGGUGGCCUACGCCGGGGCAGUCAAUUAUGACGCGAACUACGCUCCCCUGCAGGUGGAGAAGGGCAUGGUGGUGGUGGCUUACAGGGACGGCUCGCCGGCGCAUACGCACGUGCUGGAUCCGUGGCUCUGCAUGGAGUACUGGCAGCGCUGGCUGCUGCGUCUGCAGGAGUUCCACUCUCGUGCGAGAGAGGGACAUCCGAAACGGGCGAAGCUGUGAUGCACAAACGCCGAGGAUUCUCCGCGCAUAGCCGUGUAUACCUGGCAGGCUGUUGCGGCAAGUGCUGUCGGCAAGCACAGGUGUGCGCGCACACGCACGCAAACGCACCGUUUGAGACACCUGUCCCAAUAUUUCAACUGUCGCGCUUGGACAUUGAACCGAUGACGUUCUGUAGUGCGAGUCCAGUGUGUGCUAACCAAUGUAUAUAAAAACAUUUCAACGAAGGCUUGUAUAAUAGCAGUCGCAAAUUAUACCCUACUGCCUUUGUACUCGUACAUAUGUACUUUAAUAGUUUUUUGUAUCUUCAAUGCUUUUUUUAUGGAUUCCAGUAAGACGAGUUUCAUUUUGAACAAUCCAAGCAAGUCAACUUAACAUACUCUUUGGUUCUUUCGGUAAAGUCACGUAGGGGAAAAAUAAAAUAAAAAUAAAUAAUAUAAUCACGACGUUUUGGGCGCAACACAAGCGCCCGUCAUCAGGUGGGAUCAC